AUGUCAUCAUCUAUAUCUUUUGAUAAUAACUAUAAUCUUUUAAAGAAAAUAAUCAACUCACUCUAUUUGAGGGAUAAGAUCUUUAGUUUUGUGAAGCUAAUCCAUAAGAAUCAUAAAAAUGUCUAUCAAUCACCUAUUCAAAUAACAGGUUUAGGUUGGUAUGAUAUUGGAUGUUUUCCAGAGGAGAUGAUCAAGUACAAUCAAAAAGAAAGAUAUAAAAACAUAUUCAACACUGUCAUUCGAGAUCGAGAUUACAAUGAUGAUACCAUUGCCAAAUUCAAGGAAUUAUAUUUAAAAUCAACAGUAACAGCAGCUCGACUUGGUCAUCUUGACUUGAUUGAAUUCAUUCAUCAAGCAUUACCCAAUGAAUUUUGUUUCAAAUCUAUUUUAUAUCCGGCAUUGGAAGCAGGUCAUCUUUCGAUACUUCAAUACAUUCAUCAAUAUAAUUUGUCUCAAGGUUUAUUCAAUAGUCGCUCACUUUUCAAACCACUUCUAAGAGCAGCAGAACUUGGAUAUCUCGAUAUCGUUAAGUUUAUUCACGAAAAUAAAUUGGAUACCCCAGCUGGACAUCCAUUGAAAUCAGCAAUAUCAAGUGGAAAUUUGGAUGUUGUUAAAUACAUUCACUCCAACUUUACAGAUACAUGUCGUGGUGUGUUGGAUUCAGCCAUAAGUUAUGGUUUUUUAAAUAUUUUCGAGUUCCUAAUUCAAAACCGUCCAGAUAAAAUCUCUGACUAUUGGAUACUAUUUGCAUCGGACAAAGGUCUUCUUCCAAUCAUUAGAUAUCUCAUUGAGAAUAAUGUACCCUAUUUGAACUUACCGGAACUCAUGUUAGAUCAUGCAACAUCCAGUGGAAACUUGGAACUGGUUCAAUAUCUACAUGAAAACACAACGGUUCGCUGUACGACUCGUGCUAUGGAUUAUGCUGCGACAAAUGGAUACUUUGAAAUCUUAAAGUAUCUUCAUUACAAUCGAAGUGAAGGAUGCACUGUGGCUGCGAUGAACAAUGGAUCGGGACACUUGGAAAUUAUAAAGUUUUUACAAUAUAAUAGAAGUGAAGGAUGCACAGACGAAGCAAUGUACAAUGCUUGUAUUGGUGGACACUUGGAAACUGCUAAAUUCUUGAAUGAGAAUCGAACCGAAGGUUGUCAUUCUGGUACCAAAAGCAGUGUAUCUAUUAGUGGUCAUUUCGAAAUCUAUAGAUACCUUCACCUUAAUAGGACAGACCAAGAUGACUAUCCAAUUCUUGACAACUUUGCAGGUUGUGACGAUCCAACAGCACUCCAAUGGUUAAAAGAGAACACAACCAACAAUAUUACUAUAGAUUCAUACAUGAUCGCAAUUAAAAAUGGAAAACUAAUGAAUUUUAAAUGGAUAAAAGAGAAUACAACACUUCCAAUUCCAUUCAAUGCAUUGGAUGAAGCAGCUAAGAGAGGGCAUUUGGAUUUUGUUGAAUAUCUUCAUUCAAUUGGUGCUAACUGUUCAACCAGUGCAAUGGAUGAAACCAACAACCUUGAAAUCCUAAAGUUUCUACAUUUCAAUAGAACUGAAGGAUUUACUCACCUCGCAUAUGAGCGUGCCAUUAGAUUCAAUGAUAUUCAUUCCAUUAAAUUCCUUCACCAAAUUAAGCCUGAAACUUUCUAUGAUCUACUUGAUCAUAAAGAAAGUCAAUGUUACGGAUAUAUUUCAAGAUUGAAGCUAAUUAAAGAGUUAAAACUUUAA